AUGAAGCUCUCCAUCGGCACGGUUCGUCCCUGUACCGUCCCAACACCCAAAUGCGUCACUGCCGCCGUAAAACCCAUCACCCAGACACCAAAAUCGGCCAAGCUUGGCAAGAGAUGGAUGGAGUAUCAGGGAGCUCGAAACUGGGAAGGCUUGCUUGACCCACUCGACGAUAAUCUACGUGACGAGAUUCUCCGUUACGGCCACUUCGUCGGUGCUACUUAUAACGCUUUCGACUUUGAUCCUUCUUCUCCUACUUACGCCAAUUGCCGUUUCCCCAAACACUCCCUCUUCCACCGUUGUGGCUUACCUGGCACCGGUUACCGGGUCACCAAAAACCUCCACGCCACCUCGGGUAUUAAACUGCCCCGUUGGAUCAGUAAGGCACCUAAUUGGGUUUCCAAUCAGACUAGUUGGAUCGGUUACGUGGCAGUUUGUCAGGAUGAAGAAGAGAUCGCCCGCCUUGGCCGUCGUGACGUGGUUGUUGCCUAUAGAGGGACUGCCACUUGUCAUGAGUGGCUCGAGAAUUUACGUACCACGUUGACACAUCUCCCCAAUGUGGGCCUGGACGGCAGAACUGAGGCCGAGCCCCAACCCGAACCCAUGGUGGCUAGGGGAUUUCUCAGCCUAUUUACAUCUGGAACCGCUGAGCGCCGUAGCUUAAGAGAAGAGGUGAGGGAUGAGAUUGGUCGUCUCCUUCAAUCCUACGGUGACGAACCACUCAGCCUGACCAUCACCGGUCACAGCCUUGGUGCGGCGUUAGCGACCCUCACAGCCUACGAUAUAACCACCACCUUCCGUAAUGCACCGUUGGUGACGGUUAUCUCCUUCGGCGCACCACGUGUCGGCAAUCGUGGCUUUAGAUGCCACGUGGAAAAGUGCGGAAGCAAAGUACUUCGCAUUGUAAACUCGGAUGACCUCGUCACAAAGGUCCCAGGCUUUGUCAUUGACGAAGACGAAGAUGAUGACGUGUCAAGUAAAUGUAAAGGUCAAGAUAAAGAUGCCAUCAACGUGGCUGGACUUCCAAGCUGGCUUCAGAGACAUGUGGAGAAUACACUUUGCCAGACACAAUGGGUUUACGCUGACGUGGGCAGGGAGCUCCGAGUCAGCAGCAGAGAUUCUCCAUAUCUAACGGGACCCACCACGAAUUUAGCCACGUCACACGAGCUAGAUACGUAUCUACACUUAGUGAAUGGCUUUUUGAGCUCCAAAUGCCCUUUUCGGAAAACUGCGAAGAAAAUGUUCGGUAGACGCGGCGCAGAGAAAGCAUCUGUACUGCGGUAG